CGUUGUGACAGGGUCACUUCAUUACCCCAGUGAUUUAAUAAAUUUCCUCGUAGAAUAGUCCUCCAACCUGUCUAAUCUAAUCAGUGCAUCACCCAGACCCCUGGGCGUAAUAGGCAGCUGUUCCCUCGCACUACCAACGGCGCAAGCGCGAAGGCAACGUCAAAGCUAGCCCGGGUGUUACAAAGUUUUCCACUUGAUGAAAUUAAUUUGAUUGAAUGUUGAGACGUAACGGAGUUUGAAAUCAACUCGGCUGCGUUUGCAAUCGAGGGAAAUGGUACUGUCGAGACCUUUGAUGCUGCUAAUGAGCGAUCAAACACGUGCAAAUACACAUGACACGUUUUAUAGGAUGAAUUUGUGAGUGGAUUAACCAUGGCUGUGAGUGUCGUGAGAUGCCUGAACAAAACACGUUUGAACCACAUGGGCCUGAUGUACAGAAACGCAUGCACCUCAAGUGCAGAUUCCAGCGAAACUUACGAUCUAGUUGUAGUUGGGGGUGGAAUUGUCGGUUGUGCAACGGCACGUGAGAUGUUGGAGAGGCACCCCCAGCUCAAGAUCGCGAUUGUGGAGAAGGAGAGUAAACUGGCAAUGCAUCAGACCGGCCACAACAGUGGGGUUGUACACGCGGGGAUUUAUUACACACCUGGCAGCAUGAAGGCGAAAAUGUGCGUUGAAGGUCUCAAAAUGUCGUACGAUUACUUUGGGAAGCAUGAUAUACCGUAUAAGAAGGUCGGGAAGCUAAUUGUUGCGCAGACACCUGAACAGGUGAAUAGGAUCGAUGAGUUGUAUGAGCGAGGGCUCAAGAAUGGAGUGCCAGGGCUGGAGAUUAUCGAGAAAGAUGGGAUUUGUAAAUUUGCUGAAAAAUGCAAGGGCGAAAAAGCAAUUUGGUCGCCAUCCACUGGAAUCGUCGACUGGGGAGAAGUCUGUCGUUUCUUCGCCUCGGAAUUUGAAAAAAUGGGUGGAAAAGUUAUUCUAAACCACGAAGUAACUGGUUUCAAGGAAACCAGUGAGUCCAAAGGGGCCAACAAUCUAUCCCCAAUAUCAGUUCUGUCAAAAAAAGCGACUCUCCAAACAAAGUAUGUCCUCACCUGUGCUGGUUUACACUCAGACCGUCUGGCAGUGAUGACAGGCUGCGACUUGAGCCCAAGAAUAGUCCCCUUUCGUGGUGAAUAUCUCCUCCUCAACGAUAACAAAAAACACCUGUGUUCAACAAAUAUAUAUCCAGUUCCUGAUCCAAGAUUUCCAUUUCUGGGGGUGCACUUCACUCCGAGAAUGAAUGGAGACAUUUGGCUGGGACCCAAUGCUGUUCUGGCAUUAGCCAGAGAGGGAUACAGGUGGACAGAUGUUAAUGUGAAAGACUGCAUUGAAAUGGCCAAGUUUCCAGGACUGUGGAAGCUCUGCUUUCGAUUUAUUGUUCCCGGUAUGAAAGAGGCUGUUAAAUCUAUUUUUUAUCCACUCGCUGUCAAGGAUCUUCAGAAAUUUAUGCCUGAGAUGAGUUACAAAGAUGUCAGAAGAGGACCUGCUGGUGUCAGAGCACAAGCUAUGGACAACGAUGGUAAACUGGUUGACGAUUUUGUCUUCGAUGGGGGAGUAGGUAGCAUAGGGAGCAGAGUCCUUCAUUGCCGAAAUGCUCCAUCACCCGCAGCCACCAGCAGCAUGGCCAUUGCCAAAUAUAUCUCCAAUAAACUCGAAAAAGAUUUUUCAUUCUGAGGUGAAGGCUUUGAAUACUCAUUUAGACGUGAAUUGUUGAAUUGUGGUUGCAGAGUUGAUCUAUUAAAGCUGAUGUUUUUUUAUUGAAUCCCAGGAAUUCAUCAUUUUUCCUCGUGAUUUCACUCAAUUAAUUUAAAUAACGAAAUAUCAAAUAAGGUACUAAAAAAUUAAAGAUUAUUUAACGUUUUUCCACGAGACCAAUUGUCAACGUGAGGAAUUUAUUUUGUUUGAUGCUGAUAAUUUUCAAUGAAUUUCAUUAAUUUUUCGUGGAUUCCAUGAUUUCAAUCAAUGAAUAUAGAUAAUGAGAUGGUAAAUAAUCCUAUAUGUGUACAAAAUUCAUUAUAAUAUUUUUUAUUGUGUUUGAAGCUAAUGUUUUUCAAUGAAUUCAAAUAACAAGUUUCUUAAAAAAUUGCGGGCCAUGUUCCGAUCAGCUGCAGUCAUCAGUGAAGGAUAUUUAAAAAUCAAUAAAACAUACCAAUUUCGAAAGAAUUGCACGACGAUUCGAGCAAUUAAUAUCUAAUUAACAAAUCAAAAAUAGAAAAAACUCAUAAGUCAUUCAUAAAAAACGAUAUUUUCUCACUAUUGUUUCAAUAUUUUGAAGAACAGCGGCCUUACCAACUGAAAAUUAUUACAAGACGAAUAACAAGAUAACAAGUUGUUAGCUAAUCUCAUAUAUUUAAAAAGUCAUCACAAAAUCUGGCACGAGUCCAUUUCUGGGCGUAAAAAAUACAUCGAUCCCUCAUUCAUUUCGUAGUCAUAUAUACAAAUAUUAACAAAUUAAACUAUUCUCACUCCCCUCGUUGAUAACAAUAGGCUUCUGCCAGCAAAGUCCCAGGCUGCUGUCACGUGGAAAGCCAUGUUGGUCAGCACAACCAUGUACUCGAACAGAGCAAACAUUGAAUACACUGAAAAUAAAUAAACAGAAUUCACAGAA